AGGCGGACGUUCACCCAAGAGAGCCGGACACCAAGAUGAAGAACUUCCACCAGCACCUUCUCCUGCUUCUGAUGUGUUGUGGCUUAGCCAGACCUGGUCGUUUGCGGAGUCAGAUCAUCGGGGGCCAGGAAGCCAAGCCUCACUCCAGACCUUACAUGGCCGCCUUGAAGUUGGGAUCUGACUUUGGCUGUGGUGGAUUUCUGGUGGCGCCUCAAUGGGUGAUGACCGCAGCGCAUUGCAUGAGUGACAUGACGGUUAUCUUGGGAGCGCACGACAUUUACGAUUACGAAAAGUCUCAGCAAGUGCUUGGGGUUGAAUCGUACCACAUGCACCCGGAAUAUGACCCGUUCUCCACUUCGAACGAUAUUCUCCUCCUGAAGCUGACGUCCAAAGCCACCCUGAACAAAUACGUCCAGACAGUGCCCUUGCCAAGGUCCAGCAGCGAUCUCCCCGCAGGGGUGCCGUGCAGCAUGUCGGGGUGGGGUCUGAUCGAUCGAGACCAGCUCACCGAAAAACUCUUUGAGACCAACAUCACCAUUGUCAGCCGCAAGAAAUGCAUGCGGUUUUACCCGGAGCUCAACGACGGAAUGAUCUGUGCCGGCAGCCACAACCAGAUACGGGAUACAAGCCAGGGUGAUUCCGGAGGUCCCAUGGUGUGCCAUGGUGUGGUGCAAGGAAUCGUGUCCUUUGGCAAUCACUUCCCUCCUGGAGUUUAUACCCGAAUUGCCAACUACCUUCCCUGGAUCAAAGAAGUCAUGGGAUCUGACCUGUGAGAAGAAGCACUGUCUCUGCUGUUCACUCCAGUUCUUCUCUAAACUUCCUGUUCCCUUAGCAACAUGUAUGGCUUGCAUUCUUCUGCUCUUCUUCCCCAACUGAUGUAGCAAAAAUGGUAGAAGUAAAAGAAUUUUUGGGAUUUGCGGUUAUUUUCUUGGGUACCCCCAUCCUCUUCUGCAGUACAAGCACUUUGCGAAUCCUAAGGUUGUACCACUGGGAGGGUGGGGGAGAAAUCGAAUAAAGCAAACCAGUCAAUCUCUAAAAGA